AUGAGCUGGAAGGCUGGCCUCUGGGCAUUCGCGCGAGAUGAUCGCGUCGUGUUUCUUUGCGUUGGCCUGGCCGCAUUCAGUGUGGUUAAUACCAUGAGGACCGUCCUUAACAUAAUUCGGGAUACCAACGAAAUCCCCCCAUCAGAACCGAAAACACAAUAUAUUACGCAAGAUACAGAGGACGCUCUUCAACUUCACACGCUGACCAAGCUUCUGGAGCACCCCAAUUUCUCAAUACGCGAUAUUGCCACCAAAAUUCUCUGCGACAGAGCUGUCAACGACCCAGGUGCCAUGACAUAUCUGUUAUACGGCAUCACCGUAAAAAGCUAUGAUGAGCGCCUAUACUGCCUUCGCGCGCUGUCGCUGCUCACGAACCAAACAUUUGGGCUCGAUGGUUUAUCAAAGUUGAAUACUCCGAAAGCAUACUCGGCUCUUGUUCGAUCUCUGGAGCAGAGUCUUGGCGACGGAGAUGAGCCUGUCGUGACCAAUAUUCACUGGGAUGAAUAUUAUCUACGUGACACAGCCGAAAGGUUUUGUUUAAAGUUUCUUCAGGAGUUGACAGGCAAGUACGGCGCAAAUAUGCUCAUCAAGGCGAAAUUCGUGGAGAAAUGGCUUGUCAAGCAAAAAUGGGGAGACACGCCAGAGAGAAGGAAGCAGCACUUCAAGGCCUACAAGGAGGUGCGCAGCAACCGGAUUGUCGACAUUGUCAGCCGGAUCGAGCAGUGCCGACGCGGGCUACGGGCACUGGAAAAGUCGGGGCUGGUGGACAAGGACAACUCGCGACGACGCAUGCGAGAGUUGCCGGACCUCUUGAUGGAAGUGGGCGACGUAAUCGGGGAGGCGCCUCCGACAGAUGGACAGCUCCGGAGGGCGCGUGAGCAUUCGGCGGAGGAACGGCGCCUACGGAGACAACACCGGGAAGCGAUGGUGUUGAAUGACGGAACUCGGCCACUGGCCCGUGAAGACAUUAUUGAGCGAGAUCACAGCUCUCCGGCUUGA